GAUUUUUGCACUCUCAUAUUCGCAGGAUUUGUUUUAAAUUAGCGUGGAAAACGGUAUACAAUUUUCAGUAGUUCAAAUUUGUGAAAAUGAGAUAUGUGCGGAGCAAAAUUCAGGGAUCCAUGCUUGGCGCAUUGAUGGGAGACUGUCUAGCUGCCCCCUUUGAAGGUGAUGCUGGUCCACUAACUGCAUCUUUAUACAAGAAUUAUUUCGAAGGUCUUCGGAAGGAGGAUGUUGCCAAGAAAUUACCGUACAAACGAUACACGGAUGACACUGCUAUGGCAAUGGCUGUAGCAGAAAGUCUAGUCGAGAGAAAGGGUUUUGAUGCUCGUGAUAUGGCGAUAAGGUUCACAGAUGAAUACUUCAAAAGCCCCAGACGAGGCUAUGGAGGAUCUGUGGUCAACGUAUUUUAUAAACUGCGGCGAACUCGAUCAGAAAACCCUUUCGAACCCGCGGCCCUCCAGUUCAAUGGGUCUGGUUCCUACGGAAACGGUGCAGCGAUGCGAGCGUUUCCGGUAGCUUUGUUUUUCAGCAGACGCGACACUGACAAAGACAAACUCAUGCAAGUUGCGAUAGAUCAAGGUAGAAUAACGCAUGCGAACUCGACCGGAUAUCACGGAGCUCUGCUGCAAUGUCUCGCUGUGUCACAAGCAUUCCUUGCCGAUCCUGGCGAAGUCGUGAAUAUCGAAGAAUUUUGUAAAGCCAUCGGUGAUAAGAUUCGAAAUGUUGAAGCGGAAAGUGAAGAAAGUUUACGGGAAAGCGGUGGAGCGGCAGUUUUUUCUGCGAAAAUGAAACGCCUUGAAGCCUUAGCAAAGCAGGCAAAAGAUCGAAGCAAGAUCGAUUUCGACAUCGUCAUACGAGAUCUGGGGAAUAAUAUUUCAGCGUUAGAAUCUGUACCCACAGCAAUAUUUUGCUACCUGAUGGCUCAAGACAAAACUCUGGAGUGUUGUCAGGGAGAUUCCGUGAUCGAAAGGUCAAUACAGCUAGCGAUCGCCCUGGGCGGUGACACGGACACAAUCGCCACCAUGGCCGCUGCUAUCGCUGGGGCUCAUGUCGGUGUGGAAGAUAUCCCCGAGGUUUUAUUGAAGCACUGUGAAGCGAGGGACCGAGUACGGGAUCUCGCAGAUAGGAUUUAUGCCCAUGUAGUAGGAGGCGAGGAUUUACAAGCCUCUGAUGUUUGAUUACUUCCCUGGUGAGUUUUCAAAAAGUUUUGUAGCCCGGUUUUCGUCCAUUUCUUGUUCACAAAUUAUGCUAGGGAAAGUUGUGUAGUGCUGUUGCGAAUAAUUUUUUUCCUUGCGAGGAAAAAAUUACAUCGAAAUGCGAGAAAUCUGGUGGGAAAGUUUUGGGAGUCCACUGUAAUGAUGACGAGAGGAUCCUGAGCCAAAUUGAGUGACGUUUGCCGAAUUUGAGAAGAACUUUACUGAUAUUCGAGAUGAUGCCGUUCUGCGAGAGUCCUAAUACAUUGUUCUUUUUGCUAUGUUUGGAAAUAUUUAUCCAAUAUGGAGAUGAAGCGCGAACUCGCUUUAGCAUGGGUAGAUGUCACUGUCAGUAAUGAUAGCUUAUUAAUUUCAUUUUAAGUUUUGUGUUCCUGGUUUUCUCCUCCGUAAGCAUGAGUUUUGCUACGGCAGCACCUCCGAGGUAUUUCAUUUUAAACUGCAAUUUUUAUUUAAUUCAGUCUGCGGUAUUGAUAACUUCUUCAAAUUGUUGGGCAUAUUACCGUCAAAAUUUGAGUGAAACAUCACGAAAAGUGCGACCUUAUCUGCUGUCGUGUAAUUUUUGUUAACUGUGUGUAAUGUAUCACUUAAAAUUGCGGGAAAUCGUUUUCCUUAAAUUUUCGAAGUGUUCGUCAUUUUUUUUCAUGGUUUCGCGUUGGAUCGCUGAAGGGCAGUGAGGUAUACUUUUUUUUAUCUGGAAUGUCCGAGUUCGCGAAGUAUGGAAAUGCUUUUCUAUGGUAACUCUACUUUUGGAAGCAAACAGACAAAUUUGACUAAGAUCAA